CUGACUCGAUGCCCAGGUUUAGUUUCGCUCGAUCGUCGUAUCGUGUAGGCCAUCGCAGUGUCAACAAGUCGUAAAACUGUCACGACAUUGUUUCCUAUAUACUUUCCAGGCAAUCGAAACAGGCAAAAGUUUUGAGAUAAGUGGUCGAAAACGUUCACUUUUUAUGGCAGUCGACAUUUUCUCGGAAACACUUGACUAAAUUACCCAGUUGAUUUUAACGCAAGAGACCAUCUGCCAAGCAUUGAUUUGCCAUGAAAGAUUUGCCGUGCCAUUUGGGAGAGGAUGACAUGAAGAAAUAUCACGUCCAUAUUUUCAGCCAAGCAAAAAAGCGUGCAGCAUGUGUCAUGAUAUUACGAUGAGUAGUUUAGGGCACUAUAGUUGUAGUCGCUUUAAUUGUUUGCAAAACUCUUUCUAGAAUCGUUCGUGACGCAAGUGGGCGGAGCAAGUUUUUCUAUGGAAGCUGUGAGGAAGGAACUUGGCUGUUAAGGAAACUAUAGUCGUUGGCGUUGCUCGUUGCUGUCAGCAGUUACUUAGCAGUCUCGCUUGAGCUGGGAAUUAACCAGAAGCAGAAGCCUAUUUGCGGGUAUUGGUACCCAAUUAAAGUAUUAUCCCUCUACCCCAUAUGAAAAGGAUCAACUUCAGUCAAAUUCGGCAUUAAAUUUUGCUUACUUGUUAGGUUGACCGCAUCACCAGGAUUUCAAAAUGCCGAAAAUUGUGAUCUGGAUGCCCCGUAAAGAGAACGAGGCAGGGCAUGUGGGCAUCGCUACCAACGAGUACUACGUCAGUUUUUGGCCGGCUAAUUGUUUAGAAAAGGAUGGAAAGCUAACCAGCAAGACAAUUUUUGAUGGAAUCGAAUUCGCGAUAGAAGUGCACAAGGGAUGCCUCGUCUUCCAUCAAGACCUUGACAAGGAAUACGAAGGCGACGUAGACAACAAACCCCGUGACCCCGACUGCGAACAUGAAAUCGACGCAGCCAAAGUCUCCAACGAGGAUCUGAAUGCCGAGAUUGAGGAAUUUCUCCGUUACAACGAAAUCGAUCCAGAAGACGUGACACUGGCAAAAGGUGAGGAGAAGUAUCAGAAAUAUAAGCAACUGUCAGCAUUGCUGACGCCGGAAGAAGCCGAACGAAUAGAAGAUUUACCGGUUAAAUCGCUUGCAAAAACCAAGUACUCGAUCGUGACCGAGUUAGUGAGCAGCAAAGAUGACGAUUCUGCUUCGUUCUACAACAGUCACCAAAGUUGUGUGUCUUUUGCUUUCAACCUCAUCCAAAUGGCCUGGCUGAAACUUCAUCCGGAUCAACCCAUUCCAAUCGUCAAUUACGAAGAAGCCAAAAAUGCAAAAGAAAUUCCCAUGUCAUAUUUUGCAACUGUGUGUGCAAACUCACUUCUCACCGGUAAAAUCCCAAAGAAAUUUGCUUAUAAAGUGCCGUGGUUCGAAAAAGAAGUUGUCCAAAGGUAUUUGAUUAUUACUGAUGAGCUCAUUAAUCAGCCAAUAAUAUCCGGUCAACUCGAAAUAGAAAAAGAAAUACGCGGAAUGAAGUCUUAUUUUGUUUUAUAUUUCGUUCUGUUGUUGAUCGGUUACUUUUUCCCAGAAACGCGUUACCCAAACGUGUUCAUUUAUUGGAAUUUUGUUGGUGAAGAUGAAGUGAUCGAUGACCCAUCGAUUCUGCAUUAUUUCAUUGUCCCUUUAUUAUUAAUAUUAUUGGCCCACCACAGUUCGUGUGGUGUUUUCCUUUCAGUUGUAAUCUAUUAUGUGGGUCUCAUCUCAUACGACAUUAUGAAAUGUUAUCUAUCAGGUGAAUUCAGGGGUAAACUAAAUCGUUUUUUAGUUGAAUUUACAUCUGUCACAAGAACACAUUGCGAAAAAUUCGAUGAGCAUCUCAGAGUAGUUUUGGGGCGUAAACCCAAAAGUCUUUUUGAACUAUUAAGGCUAAUUAUCGAUUUUCUCAGAAGAGCCCAUACUAAGUAACGCAAAUAUAUCCUAUGUAUUGCAAUGCUGUAUUUAAACAUAAACGGUGAAUUGGGUACCGUACCCGCCGUUUCGUUUGUCAAAUUUAUUCGUUUUGAAACUAAUGGCCUUUAAUU